GCGCCGUUUCUUUCCUUCCUGGCUCUGAAAGCGUUAACCCCGGACCCCAGCCCCACUCCCCCGCUCCCGCCCAAGGUUCCUAAAAAAGAAAGGUGCAAAGUUUGGUCCAGAUAGGGAAUGAAUGAUCAAAGCCAAGCCGAUACUUCCUGUUGCCGGGACACUAUAUAUAACGUGAUGAGUGCACGGGCUGCAGAGACGCACCGGAGCGCUCACCCCGCAGCCGCCGCCUCCGAGCGCCUGAGGUUUCCCGGGGACCACAAUGAACAAGUUGCUGUGCUGCGCGCUCGUGUUCCUGGACAUCUCCAUUAAAUGGACCACCCAGGAAACCUCUCCUCCAAAGUACCUUCAUUAUGACCCCGAAACCUCUCGUCAGCUGAUGUGUGAUAAAUGUCCUCCUGGCACCUCCCUAAAACAGCACUGCACAGCAAGGCAGAAGACCCUGUGUGCCCCUUGUCCUGACCACUACUACACAGACAGCUGGCACACCAGUGACGAGUGUCUGUACUGCAGCCCAGUGUGCAAGGAACUGCAGUAUGUCAAGCAGGAGUGCAAUCGCACCCAUAACCGCGUGUGCGAAUGCGAGGAGGGGCGCUACCUGGAGCUGGAGUUCUGCUUGAAACAUAAGAGCUGUCCCUCCGGAUUUGGAGUGCUACACACUGGAACCCCAGAGCGAAAUACAGUUUGCAAAAGAUGUCCAGAUGGGUUCUUCUCCAAUGAGACGUCAUCUAAAGCACCCUGUAGAAAGCACACAAAUUGCAGUGCAUUUGGGCUCCUUCUAACCCGGAAAGGAAAUGCAACGCAUGACAAUAUAUGUUCUGGAAACAGUGAACCGACUCACAAAUGUGGAAUAGACAUGACCCUGUGUGAGGAGGCAUUCUUUAGGUUUGCUGUUCCCACAAAGCUUACCCCGAACUGGCUCAGUGUCCUGGUAGACAAUUUGCCUGGCACCAAAGUGAACGCAGAGAGCAUAGAGAGGAUAAAACGACGACACAGCUCACGAGAACAGACUUUCCAGCUGCUGAAGUUAUGGAAGCAUCAAAACAAAGACCAAGAUAUGGUCAAGAAGAUCAUCCAAGAUAUCGAACUCUGUGAAAAGAGCGUGCAGAGGCACAUUGGGCACAUGAACCUCACCUUCGAGCAGCUUCGAAGGCUGAUGGAAAGCUUGCCGGGGAAGAAAGUGACGACAGAAGACAUUGAGAAAACAAUGAAGACGUGCAAAUCAAGUGAUCAAAUCCUGAAGCUUCUCAGCCUCUGGAGAAUAAAAAAUGAUGACCAAGACACCCGCAAGGGCCUGAUGCAUGCCCUAAAGCACUUGAAGACAUACCACUUCCCCAAAACUGUCACUCAGAGUCUGAAGAAGACCAUCAGGUUCCUUCACAGCUUCACCAUGUACAGAUUAUAUCAGAAGCUAUUUUUAGAAAUGAUAGGGAACCAGGUCCAAUCAUUAAAGAUAAGCUGCUUAUAACCGGAAAUGGUCACUGAGCUGUUUCCUCACUAUGGACCAGAUCCAAUAAAUGAGUAAACUGUUUCUCAGGCGCUUGAGGAGGGUACAAUGAUUUCUUUCUCAUCACCAAGGACUAGAUUUGGCCACAGGGCCUGAAAAGAAACUAUGGUGUGGAGAAAGAACUCACAUCUCUCCCCAAAGUUUAAUAAACCCCAAAUAAUUUAUCCAACUAACAGCUUUGGUCCAAUAUCUACUGACUAUAUUUUUCCUUGUUACUGCUUGCAGUAAUUCAACUGGAAAUAAACUAGACUCCAUUGUGCCUUACUAAACAGGGGAAUGUCUAACUUAAAUAGCUUUGAGAAUUCAGCUGUACUAGAGGCUUUUAUUAGAAAGCCAUUUUUUUCUGUAAAAGUUACUAAUAUAUCUGUAACACUAUUAUAGUAUUUGCUAUUUAUAUUCAUUCAGAUAUAAGGUCUGUACAUAUUACCAUCCUGAAGGGAAACUGUGUAAGACUUAAUUUUAGAAAGAAAAAAAUAUAUAUUCUGUUUAUUAUUAUGACAAAUGAAAGAGAUAAAAUAUAUUUUUUAACAGAACAUUUGUAACAUUUCCUAAUAGGUACUGCCAUUCUUCCUGUGUAGAGUAUUUUUGUAAUAUACUUUUACCUGUGUAAACUGAAUUAUCAUUUUAUAGAAAAUGCAUUAUUUAGUCAAUUGUUUAAUGUUGGAAAGUGUAUGAAAUAUAAAUUAUCUGAAUAUUAGAUGCUCUGAGAAACUGAAUGUACCUUAUUUAAA